GGUUGCUUUCCCUCUCUUCCUGUCACUACGAACUACUCGACUCGGUCUCCUUCGUGAACGCUGCAUUCCGUAGCGAGCCACGAUGCAGACCUCUUCGCCUCCAUCGUGAACCGACCCUGUGAAAAGGGCACCACGAGUCAACAAUGCCAAUAACGACCGUUGGAGUCGGGGCUGCCGUCACGCCUACCGUUGUCAAGACCUGCAUCUCUCAUUACACGAACCGAAAGCCUCGACGGUACAAGCCCACUGCCCAUAUAUCGUACGACGAAGGCUUCCACCUAAUCCGCCGCUUCCUAGAGUAUGCCUCUCACCACACUGUAGAUGACUUGCAAGCAUUUACUCAGCAAUGGGUUCCGACACCUGCCUGGGUACGGACCGAGAACAUUCCUAUUGGACGCGAACACACGACGAAAGCUGCACAGUUGAUCAUCGACGAACUAAGCAAGAGUGGUGUCCAGCAAGUCGGAGGCUCUCAGUGGUGGCAAUGGCGUCCGGCGGGGACUGAGCUGAAAGGAGAGUGGAUUGAGAUGCGUGCGCAUUACAAUGAGCUGAAGCAGACUGGGAGGCGAAGCCAGAGGAUAAUGUUGUAUAUUCAUGGCGGCGCCUACUUCUUCGGCAGUGUCGAUGAACAUCGAUAUCAAAUGCAACGCCAUGCACGAAAGCUCAAGGCCCGUGUUUUCGCACCUCGAUACCGGCUCGCGCCUCAAUUCCCCUUUCCAUGCGGACUGCAGGAUUGUCUUGCAGCAUACCUGUACCUCCUCAGCAUCCACGACCCCUCCGAAAUCAUACUAGCAGGAGACUCGGCCGGUGGUGGUAUGGUGGUGUCUAUACUGUGUUUGCUGCGUGACCAGGCCUUGCCGCUUCCAGCUGGUGCCGUACUCAUCUCACCCUGGGUUGACUUGACUCAUUCAUUUCCGAGUCUUUCAGGGGAUGCCGAGGAGGACUAUAUCCCUUCCCAUGGGUUUAUGCACAAACCAUCCGCCUCGUGGCCGCCUCCAAACGACCAGGAGUUAUCGACCAUUAGCGCAAUGGCAAAAGGUGGUAAAAGUUUGGACACGGCAGUCUCCAAGGGUACGCAUUCUCAUGAAGCGGACCACGCCACUGCUGGCCAGAACACGUCGAGUGAACUGGAACAUCGAGUCAAUGGACCAGGUUGCCAUCCCGCAGUGCCAGUAAGAGGCGACGGACAGAUUUUCCCUGGACCUCAACUUCCACUCUCAAUCGAGCUCGAUGGGAAACAUGUCGUUCUGAAAGACCAAAUCCAGAUGUACACGACAAAUCAAUUGCUGGCACACCCACUGGUGUCGCCUGCGCUACAGCCCUCACUGGGCGCACUUCCGCCCAUAUGUAUUCUGACCGGUGGAGGCGAGAUCCUUCGCGAUGAGCAGAUCUACCUAGCCCACAAAAUGGCAUAUCCCUCGAAAUACCCGCUGGGCAAGUCUUACAGGUCAACAUACGACCCCGGUGACACGAUUUUGCACAAGUACAAACCAACACCUGUCCAACUACAAGUCUGGGACGAUCUCUGCCAUGUUGCGCCGACGCUAUCAUUUACUCGACCUGCCAAGCACAUGUACAGAUCUGUAGCUCAAUUUGGAGCCUGGGCCCUGGCUAGAGCACAGAGGAGAGAUAUUGAAAUUAUGGAUGAUGACAAUAUCUCGAUUAUCUCCUCUGGGAGUGAAAGCGAGAACAACUCAACUGACAGUGAGGCUGACGGGUCUGGCAUCCCAAGGAAGCCGAUGCUGGACCUGAGUAAAACCAUUGGCUCUGUUGGCCGAGCUGGCGACCCUUUGCCGCCUUUCGAGAACCACAUGCUACGUCAAAGGAUCGAUCGUGGCGGGAAUGUGUACGCAUUAUUACCACCGCACGAGCUGCCAGGUUGCCGCAUGCAUCCAGACGACGUAGGAGUAGUCAAGCCGGGUCCAGUACGGAAAUGGCUGCAAGCAAGAAACUCGUGGGACACCAAAUAUGCCAGCGUGAGCAAGAAAGUACGAAAACAGCGUAUCAGAGCUCUAGUGAAUGGUGAUAUUAGACCGUUUGAAGGCGGCGAGCGACCUCCAGCGAGUGCACUUGCCAGUCGACGGACCGACAAAGACCUACUCCCAAAGAAACCGCACAAGACCUAUGGUCUGAUAUCGAUGUGGAGCAUGUGGGGAAGCAAGCAUGACGAGCAGACGCUAAAAAGAGAAGAGGAGGCCGAGCAAAAUACAAGACCCGAGCAUGAUGGGAAGGACGGUACAGGGCUCUCUGCUGAGGUCCCAAGUGGACAGAGUGAAAAUGCACCUAACCGCGAGGCUCUGGCAGCAACAGCCAAUCGCGGACGAAGUGGCUCAAGGAAGCGAAGUGUGAGUGAGAGACGACGAGCAAGUGAUGCUAAGUCUCGUGGUCGCGCCCGUACCGUCACUGUGUCCGACACCGGGCAAGUUGAGGGUGAGAAAGGGCAACCUACUCCACAUACCCUACAGACAGCAGCAACGACAACAACCACUUCGUCCAGAGCCCCUGGUAUCCCCCCAGUGAUCGUGACAAACCCUGCGACUGACGACCAGACCCAGCGAAGCCCUGAUCACCUGUCCGUCGGGUUCAUUCCGAACUACAAAACUGCCUCGCAUCGUCGUCAAGACUCAAGCGGGCUCGCCAUCUCCGACGCCGCAAGUACAAUGACAGGCAAAAGUGCCGCCGCCGCAGACGAUGCAAGUACACGAUCCCUAUUCGGAGAGGCAGGGGUCAUCCAGCCGUCGACUAAAACACACACCUCGGCCGCAGCGGCAGCAGCAAUGGAGCGGCCCGGAAGUCCUUUGGUAUAUGAAUCCAGGCCCUUCGACGUUGAUGACGACUAUGCAGGUGGAAGAAGCAUUGUCGAGUCUUCCCGUAAUGGCUAUGAUACGCCACGUAGUCAACACAGCUUCGAUCGCCUACACAGCCAUCAGCAAGAUGAGGGCAUGGGACGCUUACAGCCUAUCAGAAGCCCAAGCUCGAUGGCAGUCGUCAGAGCACAGGGUAUUGUGGGUGUCGUGUCCGGCGACGACGGUGGUCAUGGUGAACAUCGUGGGAUUCAGGAAGAGGAGGAUGCCGAUGCCGCGGUACAAAGUGAAAGGCGAGCUAGCACAGGACUUGACGGCAAUGUUGUUGAUGACGGGACGCCGUCGGCAGCAGGUGCAGCGGCGCGACCAAAGAUCUAUGAUCGCUCGGAGACGAAGUUCCAGACUGCUAGAGAGCAAGUGUCUUGAUACUGUACAAC